GGGUGUAUUCUUUGUUUUUCUAGAAACACGAGGAAGCAGCAUCAAUAUUGAAGCAUAUGUCAAAGGACUCCUCGUUGUCACUUCCAACAUUGGAGACAAGCAGCACUUUAGAGAGCGUCAAAGCAUCAUCUGCAAUGGAAGUGCUCACAGAUAGACAGCACAGUAACACCCAACUUGAGACGAGUUCUACGCUCCUGAUGUCAUCUUCCAAAGGCAUUUUAAAGAGUGAAUCCUCUGGAACUUUGUCUAGUUCUACUCUUGCAGGAACGUUCUUGAACCCAAGCGUGACAACUCCCUCCCUUACAAACUACUACUCAGCAGUCUUGAAAACUACGACUCAGCAGAGCUCAACACUAUCAACUAGCUUGGUUUACUUUGCACAUUCUUCCUCUACACCUAGGCCAACGCUGUCUGCAUCAGAGCCCAGCAGUGCUUUUAGCCCCAGUUUAAAACUGCUGACUAAUUCCAUUGUGAACGAAACAGUUAUUUCUAUCUCCUCUGGAAUAACACGGUCAACAGUUGAUAUUGAAAUUGACUCUUCUGUUCACGAAUCUGAAAUGUCGUUUCUACCAAACGGACCAGAAUCGACAUAUAUUGCUACGACCUAUGUCUCCUCUUCUCAAGAAAGACAGCAAUCUGAUACAGAUGUGCUCAUAAAGCCAACCGUUUCAACUUCUGCUGCUAUCCUGUCAACCGCUGCGGCUUUUCCUUUCACAGAUGAAGAACUGGCUAGUUCCCUUUCUCCAAAAAACAGUAAGACAAUGCAAGAUAAGAGUUACUUUACGAGCUCAAAGGUGGCCCUUGCUACGUUUGUUACGGAAAUGAUAGCAACAAAAUCAGUAUCUUAUAAUGCCAUCGAUAGCACAAACUCUGCAAAAGAAUUGGCAACUUCUCAAUCAGAACUAACAGUAUCACAAAUGCAUGCGAAUUCGAUUUCCUUUGCGAAAACGAUGAAUCCUAACAUUGACAAAACCGUAAGCAUUUCAUCACCUUCAGUGCCAACCACUCUGUUAACAAGCGAAGCAGCUGAUACGUUCCCGCAACUGACAACGUCCUCAACCGAAACUGACAUGAAUUCGUCCCUUUCGGUGAUGCAAAAUACUGCACUUGAGAGCUCUAGCUUUUCAACGUCCUUACAGAGCAUAGCAUCAACAUUACAGGCGCAAUUACAGGCACAGUCAGUACUGUUAAACACCGCUAUAAGCAGCAUAGACUCGACUUUCUCGGCGACUGCUGCUUCAGCAAGCACGUCACAAGUUCCAACACAAUCACCACCCUGCUCAUUGGAUGCCACGACAGGCAAGUGUUUUAAUUUUUCUUCGCAAUUUCACACGUGGUUCAAUGCAGUCAAAGACUGUCAGCUUAGAAAUGGCUAUCUAGCAAUAAAGGUGGAUAAAGACAAGCGGAAGUUCCUUAACGAGUUACGUGGAUUGAAGUCGAUUCAAGAGACAGAAUUUUAUGUUGGAUUAUAUAAGGUUUGUAAAUGUGACAUCAUUCGUUUAUAAUUUUUUGUUUGUUGAUUAAUCAAAAGUGAUUACAGACAUUAAAAGGAUGAGUGAAAAGCAAGCAAAGGGGGCGUAUUAGUUUAGUUUAAGGGUUUACGAGUCUGAAUAAUAAUAAAAAUAAUAAUAAUAAUAAUAAUGAUUGUAACAAUAAUAAUAAUGAUAAUAAUACUUUAUUUAUGCAGGGUAAUUCAGUCAGGUAUAAGGUGCUAUCAAAAGAAGCCAUGUCUAAUAUUGAAGAAAACACAGCGUAGUAUUUAUCCAUGAAGCUACCAUCAAUCAUUUCAAUUACGAUGAUUUUAGUCCAUAAAAUAUUCCUUCAAAGCUUUCCUGAAAUAAAUGUAAAAUUUUUCAUAUGAGAUGAGAUGACAGAGCGUUGAAGAUUUUUGCCCCGCUGUAAUUGGAGUUGCACCCCUUUUUGUGCAAUUUUCAUCCUAACUUUUGGCAUACGCAGUCUAUACCAUUAUGUCUUGUUGAUUUUCCGUGUUCUAAUUUCGUAAAAUAGUUAUAGGAGGUAUCAGGAGCAGCAAAAUUUAAGCAUUUGCAAACGAAAUCUGCACACUGAAUUGAUCUCAUGGAAGCCAGUAAUCGCCAGGCACGGUGGUUAUUAUGCUGUUCUCCAAAAACGAUUCUAAGUGCUCUCUUCUAAGUCUCCUUGAACCUCUCGAUUCAUAUGACUCUGAUAACGUCAAGAAUGCAAUGCUGUAGUAAGUCAUAAAUGGCUGAACCAUGGCUUUGUAUAAUUCCACGGCGGCAUAGGCUGUGAGUAUUGGCCUGAUUCGGCGCAGGAGA